AUGGCACAACAAGAACAGGAGCGGAGGAGCACUCUUUGCCAACUGCUGGCACGCAACAGGAACGAGUUCGACAUCGAGUACGGAGGGUAUUUGAGCAACCACAUGUCGCACUACCUCGUCGCCCUCUAUGAGCUCGGAGCGUCAAAGGAGCGCCUGGAGAAAGCCUACGAGGACUACAGCACCGACACCAAACUGGAGCCGGCUAGACCACCCACAACGACCAUCACCACUCACUACCUUGACCUGGUGGCGUUCUUCAGCCGAGAGCUUGAGCAGCUGGGCGUUCGGACCACACUGCGGCGCUAUGUGCCUGAUCUGCUUGAAGGAGUAUGUGGAUCGGCCUUCCACGGCGUCAUCCAGCUCGGCUAUGCUCUUGAGGUGAUGGACGUGCCCAACAUCGCUGAGGGCCUGGCCUAUUUCACCUACUCCUUCUACUCCCUUGGCCACCCUAAGACGACCGCGAGCGUCACAGGCGAUGAGGCUGCGUCUGCGACACUGAGCCCGAGCGAUGUAAUGGCGCUGCUCGACCGAGUAAGGCAGGAUGCCCGCUUUGGUGAAGUGUUCACGGGCGACAACAAGAAGCUCGGGUUCCAAAAGCGGCUCCACCUCCUGGCGGCGCAGUACCAGGACGGCAUUGCGCCCUACGAUCUCGACUUCCGACCCCUGAUCGUGGGCCGGCGUGAUGAUGAUGCCAGCUCCACCAGGCGCAGCAGAAUCGAGGCCCUGAUCGACCUGUUCACGCUCUCGGCGCUCAAGGUGUUUGCGUCGAGCGGCUACCAGUACUUCUUCGUGCUUCACCUCGUCACGGCCUUCCGCGCGCUCAAGGUGACGCUCGCCGCCCUCUGCGGGCUCAGCCAGGUGGAGGAGGAGGACGUCAGCGAUGACGACGCCGAGCUCGUGGCGUCGGCCUUCGGCUACUUCUGGCGCUCGGUCGUGUGUUCGUACAUCGCCGUCGACCGGCCGGCAGUGAGCGACGUCACUCCCGACGCGAUCAAGCACGACGAAGACGAGGCCAAGAAAGAGAAGGAGAACGCUACCAGCGAGCGGAGGAAGGCUAUGAGCAGCUGGGCCGACGUCGUUGCAGAGGUAAUGCCCAGCCACGACGAGCACCUGGUGAAGCUGGUGUUCGUGUGCUGGAAGGAGGCACACGAGCACCACCGAGGCACGGAGCAAAACGGCUGGGGCGACUACUUCCUGCACGCGGCCAUCAACACCGCACUUCGCUUCCACGACACGUGGCACUACUGA